AAAAAUGAGGAGGGGAAAAGACGAAGACGGCAGCUAUCUCCUGCUACUGCAGUUUCCGUUUCAUCACUCUCCAGCGUCUUCUUCUCCCCCGCUCCGAUCCUCCCCUUCUGCCGUUCUCCUCCGCUUCACGGAGCCAGUGCCCCACACCCACGCGCCGGCCACCGGCGCCUCCCGCGCCGACCCAAAUGGAGACCCGAAGCGGCGGCAGCGGCAGCGCCAGCGGCGGCGGCGGCGGCGGCAGGAUGAGGCUGCGGAAGACGGAGUCGGCGGAGAUGCGGUGGGUGGUGUCUGGCGGCGCCUACGAGGAGGACGAGAUCGAGAGCUCCGACGGCGGGGGCGGCACCCCGGCGGCCGCCUCGGGCUCCCGCGGCGGCUGCUCGGACUCCGACGACAACUACGAGGAGGCGGAGAUGCUCCGCCAGCGGCUCGUGCGCACCGGCCCGCGCGCCGACUCGCUGGACGUCGAGGCGCAGGACGUCGCAGGCAUGAACCGCCACCAGGAAAUUACCGUAGGCAGGAGUAUUGUGCUGGCUGUUCAGACACUAGGUGUCGUCUUCGGUGACGUUGGUACCAGUCCAUUGUAUGCUUUCGAUGUAAUGUUCAACAAGUACCCUAUUACUUCGAAGGAGGAUGUACUUGGGGCACUCUCACUUGUAAUAUACACUCUGAUUCUAAUACCAUUGCUGAAGUAUACUCUCAUUGCUUUAUGGGGAAACGAUGAUGGAGAAGGAGGGACAUUUGCUUUAUACUCGCUAAUAUGCAGGAAUGCAAGGGUUAGUCUGCUUCCUAACCAACUACGCUCUGAUACUCGUAUAUCAAGCUUCCAACUCCAGGUGCCUUCAGUAGAACUGGAGAGGUCUUUGAAGAUCAAGGAGCGUCUUGAGACUUCAUCUAUGCUAAAGAAGCUGCUUUUGAUGCUUGUUCUUUUUGGUACUUCUAUGGUGAUAGCGGAUGGUGUUGUCACACCAGCAAUGUCAGUGAUGUCUGCUGUCAAUGGCUUAAAGGUUGGAAUAUCUAGUGUUAAUGAAGGUGAAGUUGUCAUGAUAACUGUGGCAGUUCUUAUUGUCCUGUUCACUCUACAACGAUUUGGGUCAAGCAAAGUGGCGCUUGCUGUUGGACCUGCCUUGUUCAUAUGGUUUUGCUGCCUUGCUGGAAUAGGAAUUUAUAACAUGAAGACAUAUGGUUCAGCUGUAUUACAGGCAUUUAAUCCUAUGUAUAUAUACUAUUAUUUUGAAAGGAACCCAACCCAAGCUUGGAUGUCCCUUGGAGGCUGUCUUCUAUGUGCUACUGGAUCUGAGGCAAUGUUUGCUGAUUUAUGCUAUUUCUCUGUCAAAUCUGUUCAGCUUACCUUUGUGUUUCUUGUUCUUCCAUGCCUGCUACUGGGUUACCUAGGGCAAGCUGCAUUUCUUAUGGAAAAUCUAACAGAAAAUCAGCAGGUCUUCUUUUUAUCUAUCCCGAAUCAGGCAUUUUGGCCAGUGGUAUUCAUAGCAAUUCUAGCAGCCAUAAUUGCUAGUCGCACAAUGACAACUGCUAUAUUCUCAACAAUAAAGCAGGCCACAGCUCUCGGCUGUUUUCCCCGCCUCAAGAUUAUUCACACUUCUAGAAGCUUCAUGGGUCAAAUAUAUAUCCCAAUGAUGAACUGGUUUUUGCUGGUUUCUUGCCUUGCAUUUGUUACAAUGUUUGGGAGCAUCAAUGAGAUUGGAAAUGCAUAUGGCAUAGCUGAACUUGGGGUCAUGAUGAUGACUACAGUCUUGGUGACCAUCAUAAUGCUUUUGAUAUGGCAGAUCAACAUCAUUGUAGUUCUGUGUUUUCUCACCCUCUCCCUGGGGCUGGAGUUAAUUUUCUUUUCUUCAGUAUUGGGCAGUGUAGCAGAUGGGAGUUGGGUUCUUUUGGUAUUUGCUGCUGUACUGUAUUUGAUAAUGUACAUAUGGAACUACGGAACCAAGUUGAAGUACGAAACUGAGGUUAAGCAAAAACUUUCAAUGGAUUUGUUGAUGGAGCUAGGUUGUAAUCUGGGUACAGUCAGAGUCCCUGGAAUUGGAUUACUUUAUAACGAACUUGCGAGGGGAGUUCCUGGAAUCUUUGGUCAAUUCCUCGCCACAAUGCCAGCCAUUCAUUCAAUGAUUAUUUUUGUCUGCAUCAAGUGGGUUCCAGUUCCUGUUGUACCUCAGAAUGAAAGAUUUCUCUUUCGUCGGGUCUGUCCAAAGAGCUAUCAUAUGUUUCGCUGCAUUGCUAGGUAUGGGUACAAGGACAUACGCAAGGAGGACUACAUAUCAUUUCAGCAGCUUCUGAUAGAGAGUCUCGAGAAGUUCAUGCGGCGGGAAGCCCAAGAGCGCUCCCUAGAGAGUGACCAAUACGACGGUACAGACUCAGAAGAGGAGGUUGCAUCAGCCUCGUCAAGAGCUCUCGUCGGUCCCAAUGGCAGUAUCAAUUCUCUCGGUGUUCCACCUGCCGAGGCGGCUGGUACUACCGAGCACCCAACCAUUGGAUCGAGCAUGUCGUUCGACGGAUCGCUGGAUGAGGCGAUCGAUGGGAGGGGAAGCCUCGACGACGAGCUCUCGUUCAUCCACAAGGCCAAGGAGUCCGGCGUGGUGUACCUCCUGGGCCACGGCGACAUCAGAGCUCGGAAGGAGUCCUUCUUUGUCAAGAAGCUGGUGAUCAACUAUUUCUACGCCUUCUUGAGGAGGAACUGCAGGAGAGGAAUCGCGGCGCUGAGCAUACCGCCCUCCCGGAUGAUGCAGGUCGCUAUGCAAUACAUGGUUUAAGGGCCUUCAGCUGUUCUGCAUACCAUUUUGUACUUCGGUGGUAAGGGCACUUUAACUCCCAUUGGAUAGAGUGGCAAGAGGUUUUCAAACAGGCUGCUUACCACCAACAGAAUCAUCAAAACACUAACAAAGCUAAUACUACUGUUUAACCGAAGCCAAUGAGAAAAAAGAACUAGUCCAUUCAGCGACAUUAACAAAAGGUCACUUUUACCUACACUCAUCUUUAUGUCUGAAUGUCUCCUUGCUGUAAUUCA